ACUUCUAUCCUUGUCCCUUCGGCUCUCACCCGAGAUCCAACUCUGUCAACCUUUGUCUGUCCGGUGCUUUCUACGCAUCGUCCAUACCCACGACCGUUGCUCACGGAGGCCUCUUGUACCUUACAAGAGUCGAGGAUUCACACCCUCCUGCGGUGCUUGUCUGAGAGCCAACCUAUACCUGGCGUCAGCGGCAGGAUCUUUUCUGGUGAACCUCUCAGAUUUGCGCUGCAGUGUCCUCCAUAUCCCACCAUGUCCAACCCCGGGGUCGAAGAAACGAAAAUGAACCACCCCGAGGGUGGAUCUUCCACGGGCGAGGGCGGCCUUCCGCCCGCUCCUGCCCCCACCCCUGCUCCUGCUGCCGCGCAGGAGACUCAAUCCCCUGUCUCGCCCUCCAGCGACUCAGUCAACGUCGGCCACCAGCUGCGUGGCGACGCUCUCGAGACGCACCAGGAGCAGCUCGCGCUCGCUGCGUCUCGCGAGCCCGCCGCCGCCGCCGCCAUGGAUAUCGACGACGACCUCGUCUCUCACCCUAGCGUCGCCAACUCCCACCCCGUCACCGAGACCCCUCCCCCUGGCGCCUCCGUCCUCGACGCAACGAUCGCGAGCCUCACCCGCUACAUCGAGAACGAGUCAGAAAAGCUCGCCCGGGGAGACAUCACGGAGCUGAGCCUUCACACCAUGGAAGUUAUGGAUAAGGUGUACAACGCGAUCCAGCUCCGGAACGCCGCCGGAAUUGUCCCCGCGCGUCGAUCUGACUCGGGCUCCGGUUCUGGCUCUGGUGGUGGGUCGGUCUCUGGGGGUCGCUCUGGUUCCGGUGGCCGCGGAGGAGGCAACUCCAACCGCAACCGCCGCAGCAAGGGCAAAACCCCCGCCGCUCCCCGGCCCCGCUGUACCUACUCGAAGUGCAAGAAGCCCCUCGGACACACAUUCGAGACGUGCUUCCAGCGCCAGCGGGACGAGCGGGACGAGGACUCCGGCAACGGAGGCAGCAGCGGGGGCGGCUCCGGCGGCGGAGGGGGAGGCAAGCGCGCCAAGAAUCCGUCCACCUCCAACAACUAGGGAUGCCCUGCUGCUGCUGCGCCUGUACUAGUAGGGAAUUGUUCUGGUGUUGCCAGUAGAGGCGUGAAGAGGAAACUCUCCACGUCCGUAACUGUGUCUGUCUCUACCCCCGACUUUCUUGUCCCCCGUGUCCCUGUCCGUCAUGGUAACUAUGUAGUGCCUAGAGUCCGCGCCCGUCCUCACGGUAC